AUGCAAAAGACAAUAUCGCUACUUCUAGGCCUUUCGUGGCAGGCUCUGGCCAUGCCAUUGUCUAGCCUCAAUGAGUUUUUUCCUUCUUCUAUCGCCCUCGGCAAUGCCACCAAUAAAAAUGACGCCACCUGCUCUUUCAAAACUUUCACUCUCGACAAAAACACCCCAGUCGCAACAUUGGAUUAUGGAUACGAGGUUGCUGGUUAUCCCUUCUUCGAAGUAUCCAGCUUCAAGGGCAAGGUUCAGCUUGAAUUGAGAUAUACUGAAGAUCUUGGAGACAUAGAUCUGCCUUUCUCUGAUGGCCCGUUCUUCUUCGGUCAAGGGCUUACCAAUACCUAUAGAGUGGAAACGUUCGAGGUCACUUCGGCAUGUCAAUUUGAGUUCUACCUUGCCCAGGGUGGCCAACGCUGGCAAACUAUGCGUUUGCUCACGCCAGGCUCCGUGACAAUCUCGAAGGUUGGGUUCAAAGCGACUGUCGACAAGCUUGAUUACAACAAACUUCCUGGGCAAUUCACUUCAACGAAUCCUCUGUAUAAUGAGAUCUGGAAACUUGGUGCUAGAGCUGCUGCUGCUUCUUGUUUUGCAGCCGGUGCAUACAAGACUAUCUGGGAAACAACCUCAGACAGUGGUGUGUUUGUUAGAGGUUCGCGGGCCGGUCUCACCACAAGAGCGAACAAUUUCACAAACUACAAUCUCACCUUUUCCGCANNAAAAAUUCAGCGAGGCGGGCUAGGGUGGACCAUGGCUUAUCCUGUGAGCACAAGAUUUGGUGGUAUUCAGCUGAACCUGGUCGGAAACUAUCCUGAGUCCACUACCUAUGUCAACGUCAACCGGACUCUGCUACCGCCCAAUUCGAUUGCUCUGGCCUAUGGUUUCGGUCUUGUGAACCAGACGACACUUCCUUCAUACUACCUCGACAAUUUCAGGGUUCCCUUCCAAGUCAAAGAAGGGCAAUGGUACUCUGUAUCUGCAGCGAUGUAUGACAGGAAUUACCUCGCUGUCUCGAUCGACGGCGCCAUAGUCUUCAAUGUCACUCUGGACAACUAUUACAUAGGAACACCUGCCACUACCACUACUGGCUCUUUCGGCUUCGGAGGCUGGCAAGACCAAGCUGGUUACGUCAAGGAUGUCAAAGUCAUUUCAAGCAACGGAACUACCAUUUACACUAACCCUAUGACCAACUCAUCUACCGUCCUACCUGAAUUUGGCGUCCAGUCGAACACGGCAGAUAUCUGUAUGGAUGGUGCUAAACGUGAUAGACUUGUGUGGCUCGGCGACUUCUACCAUACAGCUGGAAUCAUCAGCACAUCAACGAACCGCAAGGAUUAUUCUGCAGGUACUCUUCAGACUUUCCUAAAUUGGCAGCUACCAUCUGGUCAGCUUCCACUCAACACACCUAUUGGUUAUCCUGGAUCUUCGACUCUCACUUUUGCUAGCUUCUCAGAAACCGAAGGCUACUACUAUGCCCUCGAGGAUUACCACAUUCUUGGUCUUCUUGCCUUUGGUGCUCAUAUGCGCUACAACAACGAUAUCGACUUCGCCAAGAAGAAUUGGGAGCAAUGGAAGCUUGCAGUAAAAUACCUCAUCGGGAAGAUCGACAACUCCACAGGCAUUGUGACAGUGGGUUAUGCUUUCUUUGGCGACGGCGCCGGCCUGGCAGUCAACGCUGCUUCUGUUCAAGCUUUCAAAGAACUGGCUGAUGUUGCUGUCGCUGUUGGAGACAACGCCUCAGCCCAAGCUUGGUCUGCAGUUGCCAGGAACUUGACUUUGACCAUUCAAUCUAAGUUCUGGCAACCCAGCUUGGGCCAUUUCAGCGACAAUCCUCAGAAUAUCACCAAGCUCUCCGUCCAAGGGCUGUCAUUCGUCAUCACUUCCGGUAUCGCAUCGGCUUCUCAAGCAUCCUCUUGCAUCAAUGCUUUGACGGCCCUGAAGCUCUCUCCUGGGUACAAAGACAUAACGGACAUAUCCUCAGAUGGUGUCGUCAACAUCUCGCCCAACACAAAUGGGUUCCUUCUUCCCGCGCUUUUGCAAUCAAACCGCACAGCCGAAGUGAAGUAUCUCUUCGAAAACCUCUGGGCCGCUAUGAUCAACAACAAAACAACACACAGCGGCGCUUCCUGGGAAUACGUAGACACGAACUUGCAACCCGGACUUUCUCGCUACACCAGUCUUUCGCACCCCUGGGGAGGUGCACCAACCUACAUCCUUACUNNGGAGUACAUUGCUGGCAUCAGACCGGUGACAUUUGGAUACAAAACUUGGGUCAUUGCGCCAGCGUACACUGGCUUUGAUCUCAAGUCUGCCAGUGCACAGGUGACCACACCAUACGGUGUGCUGAAAGUUCAGUGGACCGUGGCAAACGGCAAGAUGAAUGCGGUUAUUAACGCACCAGCUGGCACUUCUGGGUCUUUCGUCAUCAACAGGGCAUUGGCGAACUCGACAAAGGCCAAUACGGUUGUGCAGAUCCAAGGUGGCAUCUCGCCCAAGCUUCUCUGCCUAGAUCUAUAG